AUAUGUCAAAACGGAAAUGAAAACGACGCCGACGUCUGAGGACUUGUUUUAGUAUUCAAUAUUUUCAAAAAUCUUUAUAUUUUAAAAGCCAAGUGACUAUUAGACCUCAAUAUGACGACUAUAGGUCCGAAGAAAGACGGUGGUCCCAAUGUUGAAUACUUUCAAUCGUCAGAAUCACUAGCUCAAUUCGAUCAAAUUCGCGUUUGGUUGCAGAAAAAUUGUAAAAAGCAUGUUCAAACUGACCCACCUACAAAAGAGGGAUUGGCGCAACUGGUUAUACAACUUAUUCAGUACCAAGAAAAUAAACUGGGAAAAAAUGCUUCUGAUCCCCCUUUCUUGAGGCUUCCAAUGAAAGUGUUUAUGGACAUGAAAGCGGGUGGUUCGCUUUGCACAGUGCUAGCCACCAUGUUCCGUUUCAAGUCGGAGCAACGGUGGCGCAAGUUCGACUUCCAGAAUCCUUCACGCAAAGACCUGAACGUGCAAAUGAUGAUGGAGAUAGAAUCGGCGCUCGUCUCAUCAGAAUACAUCAAGACACCGUGCGUGUACAUUCGUCCUGAGGUGGACAAAACUACCGCCAAUAAAGUGAAGGAUAUUGUCGGACAUCAUCAAGGAGAUAUUUGCGAAGACGAAGAGGACGCUACCCAUAUAAUUUAUCCGACGGUUGAUCCGUUGGAAGAGGAAUACGCUCGGCCAGUCUUCCGUCGAGGCAACAGUGUGCUCGUCCAUUGGUAUUAUUUACCUGAUAGCCAUGAUACUUGGGCCCAAGCCGAUCUACCGGUGGAUGUACCGGAGACGGUGAACUGGGAUUGCAACAGGUCGGAGCCGUGGCGUGUAUCCGCAUCGUGGGUACUUGAUCUGCCGCAGUACAACGAGUGGAUGAAUGAGGAGGACUACGAGCUCGACCAUAACGGGAAGAAGAAGGUACACAAACUACGUCUAUCUGUCGACGAUUUGAUCCCAGGCGCUGAAUCUUCCGGGAAAAGCAAGAAAGGCAAGAGGAAACGCUCCCCCUCCCCGCCUCCUCAGAAACAUGGAAAGAGGAAGAGUCGCAAUUCGAAGCGUCGUGAUAUCGAUGUUGACGAUGAGGAAGAUAACGCGUCACGUGAUAACACGGACGCCGUACCCACGCCAGAGAACGAACGAUCCACUGACGCUCCCGCAGCAGCGCCAGAGCCCCCUACCGCGCCCCCUGUAUCUGAAAGUAGCGCUCCGCCCCCCAGGGGGUCGACGCCCGCGCCACCUAUCGAUACGCAUGACGAUUCGCAAGGAAAACACUCUGACUCUAACACACAGGAGAUGAUAAUCAAAGAGGAAUUAGAAGACAAUGUUACCGAUCAAACGCAUCAUAUAGUUGUGCCGUCUUAUUCCGCCUGGUUCGACUACAACUCCAUACAUACCAUAGAGAAGAGAGCUCUGCCAGAGUUCUUUAAUGGCAAGAACAAGUCUAAAACGCCAGAGAUAUAUUUAGCUUAUCGGAAUUUCAUGAUCGACACGUACCGUCUGAACCCGACGGAAUAUUUGACGAGUACAGCGUGCAGACGCAACUUGGCGGGCGAUGUGUGCGCGAUCAUGCGCGUGCACGGAUUCCUGGAACAAUGGGGCCUCAUCAACUACCAGAUAGAGGCGGAAUGUCGUCCAACAGCGAUGGGUCCCCCACCCACCUCACACUUCCACGUGUUGUCCGAUACUCCCUCGGGAUUACAGCCUCUCGUCGCGAGACCACCGCAAACCAGACCAGCGGAAAACGCAGCGGUUCCCAAAGUGGAAGCUGGCCUGCCCAACGGCACGGAGGCCGGCGCCGCGCCCCCUGCUGCGGCCCCCGCCCCCGCCGCCGCCGCCGCCGCACAGGACCCGCCCGCGGACCUCGUGCCCCCGUCCGCACUUAAACUCGAUCAGUAUCGGGGCGGUCCUCGCGGUCGCGAAUGGACAGAACAAGAGACUCUUCUGCUGCUGGAAGCUCUGGAAAUGCAUCGUGAUGAUUGGAACCGUGUAGCGGCACAUGUGGGUACUCGUACCCAGGACGAAUGUAUCCUACACUUCCUGAGACUGCCCAUCGAGGAUCCUUACCUAAACGAUCCCGCGUCAGGUGGCGUGUUAGGACCAUUAGCAUAUCAGCCCAUACCAUUCAGUAAGACUGGGAACCCUGUGAUGAGUACCGUGGCCUUUUUGGCCUCCGUCGUGGACCCUCGUAUCGCUUCCAAAGCUACAAGAGCUGCUAUGGAUGAAUUUGCGGCCAUCAAGGACGAAGUGCCGGCCGCCAUGAUGGAGGCUCACGUGAAGGCAGCGGGGGCUGCGGGACCUGCGGGCGCCGGCGCCGCACUCGCCGCCACCGGCAUCGCCGGCACCGCGCCCGAGCAUGACACGGCCGCUACCACCGUUACCCCCACCACCACCACUGGUGAUAAGAAAGAUGACGUAAAAUCUGAACCAAUGGAGGUAGAAGAGGGCGAAGCGAAAGUUAAAGAAGAGGCUUCGGAGGCACCUGCCACAGAAGACAAAGACACUAAAGAACCCGGAUCACCACAACCAGACGCGCCAACAACAGUGGAUGCAAAGCUCCAAUCUGCCGCAGCGGCAGCGCUAGCCGCCGCCGCUGUUAAAGCUAAACAUUUAGCGGGCGUUGAAGAACGCAAGAUCAAAUCACUAGUCGCGUUACUGGUGGAGACACAGAUGAAGAAAUUGGAGAUCAAACUUAGGCACUUCGAGGAACUAGAAGCCACUAUGGAGAGGGAACGCGAGGGUCUGGAGUACCAGCGUCAGCAGCUGAUCCAGGAGCGGCAACAGUUCCACCUGGAGCAGCUGAAGGCGGCCGAGUUCCGCGCCCGCCACCAGGCCCACCAGAGGCUUCAGGCUGAGAGCGGUAGUGGAACAACUGCUCCGGCGCCGGAACAACCGCCUCCUGAACCGCCCGCGCAACCACAGCACCACGCUUAGAUACAAUAUUACAAAAGUUAAAUAUUACACUCUUAACUUCAGAUAAAACUGUCUUUAUACACAAAAAAAAAAUCAUAAGCUACACAUUAGAAUUAUCUUGUUUUUUUUUUAUUUCCCAAUUUAGUAUUGGAAAAACCAAAUGCAACAUAAUACAAAUAAAACCGUAAUUAAAAAUAUAUUUCAUGUUAAAAAAGGUUUAAUAUUUUUUCAAUAACUUUGUCGUUCCGUGGGAGCAUAUUUUAGAUCUGGUAAAAAACAUAACAUUUUCAAACUAUUUGUGUAUAAAUUUAUGUAUAAAAUGCCUUAUUUUUAAUCUGUGGUAUACAAUCACCAUUUGUUUAAAAACAUUGAUUUAAAUCGAGAUCUACAGGCUAUUUUUAUUAGUAAUUAAAACAUUCCUUGAUAGUAGAAAUGGCAAAUCGUUCUUCGUGACUGGAAUAAUUGCUCCUUUAUAGCAAAAUAAACUUUAUUAGUAACAUUUUUAGAUAUAGAUUGCCCUAAGAGACUGUUGUGUUUUCGACUAAUUGUAAUCUCAACUAACAUUUUAGGCGAUUUUUAUCAGUAUAGUACUUAGAUUUGUUUACGUUCUUUGUUGGAAGCUAUUGUGUACGAUGUACAGUCAGCGAAUAUGUUUCUUAGGUUACUAGAAGAAACACUUUGACAGACUAUUACUAUUGAGAGCACGAAAUAAAGAAAUCGUUCCCUUCAUAAUAUCAUAUUGUCUUUACAAUAUCAUAUAUUUGGGAAUAAAAAUUUCAUUAAAUUUGCAUAUGUCUCGAUAACUUUUAUUACCAAAUAUUUAACUAUGAUAAAGUGACCUAGAAGUCAAAGCUAACUGUACAUUUUUUAUGAGUCACAGUGGAAAUAAGAUGUUCCCAAUGUAUACAGUUGCAUAGUAUAAUUUUGAAAUAUUGGUUUAAUCUAAUGUGGUAUAUAGCUGUGGUCAAAUAUAUUUUAAAAUAUGGUUUUUCAAUUUUUCUACCCGAUUGCGAAUUUAGUUGAAUUUUAACACAUAAAGUGAUCUGCAUUUAUGUUUAUGAAGAAUUAAUCGAUUGUCUAUAAUACAACUUAUUGAUUAUAUUUAAUUACAAAUAAGACGUGACAGGUAAGUUUUAGUAUUAAUUAGUAUUUAAGUUCAUAUCUUAUAUUAAGCAGUAAUGAUAAGUUAUGGAAUAAAUAGACGUAUGUAUAUG